UUGAGGAAAAAAUCCUAUGAUUUUUUCAUAGAUCUAAAACUGGAAGUCACCUCCCAGACCAUCCAGUACAAUCUCCUCAUAUUACAAAUGAGGUAUGGAGAAGUUAGGUAAUUUGUUUAAGUGCAUUCUUAAUUAGUAAGUAGGUAGUGUAGUUAAGUUUAAAAAAACCAAAGCAACUCUUUCUAGAUUAAGAAGAAAUGAGUUCCAGUCCUGCCUCUGAUGCUUGCUACCUGUGUAAUAUCGGGCAAGUCAUCUUUCCUCUUGUGCUACCUGUGUAACCUUCGUGGGCCUCGGUUUCCUUAUUUGCACUAGAUGGUCCUCGAGAUCCCUUCCAUCUCUAGGUCUGUGAUUGUAAGAGCUGGGAUCCGAUUAAUAUCUAUGAGCAUUAAUCGAGACCUUGCCCUAUGGGCAAGGCAAUAUGUAGCUUUGGGGGAUAUAAAGACAAAAUGAAAAAUCUUUAUGUUUGAGAAUCUUAUAUGGGGGGACAGAGAGGAACAAUAUGCACAUAAAUACACAAAUACAAAAUAUAUGCAAAGUAAAUAGAAAUGAGAAAAUGUCUGUAAAAACAUUUUAUGAACCUUAAAAGAAAUGCCAGCUACUGUUAUUCUUUCUAGCCAGAGAGUUAAAGGAAAUUAUAAUGGAAGAGAGAACCUUGGGCAAGUCACAUCCCCACUCUAGGCCUCAUUUUCCUCAUCUGUGAAAUGAGAUAGAAGUCCAUUCCAGCUUAAAUCUUAUAAUGCUAAGCAAGCCCAACCAAGGAGAAUGGAUAGAAUGUCAAUUAAUGUAGAUUGGAAAGAAGAAGGAAGGCAUUCCAGAGUUAGGGAAGGCCAUAUGAGCAAAGAAAUAACCAGUCAGUGGAAUGAAGUGGUAAAACUACUACAGUAAGGUGGUGUAGUAUUCAUUAAUAUCUUCAUUUUCUUUGGAUCUAUUCAUUGUUUCAAUUUUCUUCUCUCUUUGUCCACCCCCCCCCCCUUUUUUUAAGUAGGAGAAAUUUACUAGAUAAGGAAAAGGAUGACAUCCGUUGUAAGUACCAGCUUCACCUUGAUUCCCAACCAGAAAUACAGACGUAGCAACCGACGAUCCAACCAUUCUUGCAACAUUCUUGGCUCAGAUUCUCAAAACUUAUCAACACUUGGAGAUUUUAAAGCAUUACCAUUAGAGCUUUUCCAAAUAAUUUUGGAAUAUCUGUCAGUGAAGGAUAUCAGCAUGCUAAGCAUGGUGUCGAAAACCAUCAGCCACCGCCUUAUUAAUUACAUCUCAACAUCAUCAGGAAGCAGAAGGCUUUUACAGCAAGAUUUUCAUAAUUUGGAGCUGUCUGGCAGAAGACAAGGCUCCUAUAUGCUGGAGCACUACAGAUCUCUAGGUUUAUUGUUUAAAAGGUGUACCUUGCUGCUACCCACGAAAGAAAGGUUAAAGUAUAUUCACAAGAUACUCUCAGAAGUUUCAUGUUUUAAAUUCAGUGGUUGUGGAAUUCCCAUGCAGUGUUUAGGAUUGCCGUGUUAUGGAAUGUUUUUACAGACCUUAACAGCAGGUUGGGAUGAGUUGGAGUGCCAUCGUGUUUACAAUUUCCUGUGUGAGUUGACUAAUCUACCCCGCAAGGUGCAGACAGUUGUUUGUAGUAAACCAGGAAGUGCCCGAAAAUUGGAGUUAAGGAUUAGAUUAUUCUGUCGGAGUGUUCUACUAGAUCACUGGAUGCAGCGAAGUGACUCUGCCUUUUGGUUGACUCGAAUACUAAAACCAUGGCCAAUGGUGAAUCAGGCACGGCUGCUUUAUAUAAUCUUUGGACCUAUAUCAUCUCAGGAUGGACAGGUGGUUUGGCAAAAAAUGACAGAAGGACCUACAGAUGAAACCAGUCUAAAAGGCUUAGCUGAUGCCAUUAAAUUACUGUAUGACACUGACACUAAAGAAUGGACAGCAGAUGAUGUAAUCAGUCUUGUAGAUGAACUAUCAGUGGUUCCCCGAGAAUGGCUUCUGGAGAAUAAUGCACGUCUCCUUAUCCUAAGCGGGAACAACAUUUGUUUCACCUUCAUGGCUAGCAAAGCUGUGAAUGGACGGGCCAAUGAACUAGCACGGAUGAUAGUCUUUUUGGCUUUGGUCUGCGAGAAGGACCUGUACUGCAUGGACUGGGCAGUAAAAAUGAUGCAAAAAGUCUGCAAAGUCUUUAGCAAUCAGGUGGAAAGAAAUAACUUCCUGCAGAAUGUGGAAAAUUCAUUUGCACGUGUUAUAAUGGACAUGCUGCAGUCAGUUAUGUCUGGAGACCGAGAUGAAGAGGAUAGCAGCUUUUUGAAUUUGUUUCAUCUUGUGAAUGCACAGGCUAAUUUCCAUAAGGAAGUUUUAUAUAUAACCAUGAACAGUACCUCCACCUAAAUAUUUAGACGUGAUUUCAAGAGUGCCUCAUUGAGCCAACCGUUAGACAGCUGCUUUUUCUCCAUGUUCAUCUUUUCACACAUGAAGGAUAAUGUGUGUGUGACUUUUUUUUUAAUCACUUAGUUACUGUGUCCUAA